UGGGACGCUGGCGGAAUGUAUGAGGCGGGCUCUUCAGGGAGACCCAGGUGUUGGGACAACGUCCACGGACUGCGGGUCCUUAUCGCCACAGCAUUAUAACACAUCAGCAUAAGCCCCGCUGAGCCAUUUUGGACAGAGGAGGCAACAGGCGGACCGUGCAGCUCGGCUUCUCUCCCCCCGGUCCCCGCUGCUGUGCGUGCAAGGAGCCCACACGGAAGUUGUAGGAUGGCAGCUCUUUUCCAGAAGUUCACAAUGAACACCAGCGUUUUGCUGCUCCUGCUCGCAGCUCUCACCCGUGGACUCGCACAGGGAGAAGCGGAUGCAGCCGAGGAGCUGCAGGUGGAGACCUUGGUGAAGCCCGAGACUUGCUCCGUACUUUCCAGGGUGGGAGACACGCUGCAAAUCCACUACACGGGUAAACUGAUGGAUGGAAAGGUGAUCGACUCAUCACUGUCCCGGGACCCUCUUGUUGUCGAGCUGGGGAAGAAGACAGUUAUUGCCGGUCUGGAACAAAGCUUGCUUGGCGUGUGUGAAGGGCAAAAAAUCAAAGCCACUAUUCCCUCUCACCUUGCAUAUGGAAAGAAAGGUUAUGCUCCUACGAUUCCAGGUGAUGCAGCUCUUGAGUUCGAGGUGGAGGUGAUCUCGCUAACACAGCAGACGCCGUGGCAGAAAAUGGUCAAUGAUGUGUUACCGCUCGUGUGUUUGGCCCUGGUGCCCACUCUGCUCAGCUUGGUGGGACUCUACCUCUACAAAAAGGCCAGCGCCCAGAAGCCUAGCAAAAAGAAGGCAAAGGAUAAGAAGAUCAAGAAGAAAUAAGGA